CUCAACAUUGGAUUAGAAUAUGGCCUUAUUUAAACAAGAGAUCAACUACCUUUUCUUUUACUAGAUCCUAAUCUUUUAAAAAAAAAUAUAUAUCCAUAAAUAUGGUCAGUAUGAUUCUGAAUUUUGUAACUUUUGUCUUGUAGUUAUAACCAUGCAAUAAAGCAGCUGAUUUGCAUUUGGAAUAUUUUAGUAGUAUAAAAUCUGUCCUAAACAAUUGGUGUCAAUGGCUUAUAUUUGCGACUUAUUAGGAGAGCAAGCAUUAGUCAAGUUCUAGUUUCUGGAGAUUUCUUGUGAUUGACAAUUACUUCCCUGAAUAUUUUAUAUAUUUUUUUAAUUUGUGUUUACUUCAGUUUUCAAAUGAGGACCAUUCAAGAUUUCUUUUUUCUUUUUUUUUUUUAAAUACAAGUUGAGUACAGCAUAUAUCUGUUAAUACUUUCUGUCGUUUCCAUUUGUUCUUACUAAGAAUUUUAUUUGUAUUUGGCAUCCGGGGAAAGAACUCAGACCAUUGACAACCUGCUUAAAUAAAUACUAUAAAACUCCAACAACACUUGCAAACAGUCUAACCCUUUGUGCCACGGUUGGCAUUCUUGGCAACAAAUAUUGACACUGCCUUUAUUUUUCACCUUUGUUCAUUUGUGGUAUGCUAAUGAAAGCCAGAAGAGGAAGGAGAUCUCAGGCCUUUUGGCCCUCCAUUGUGAUGAAGAAAUGGCUGAAUAUUGCUCCUAAAGUGUAUGAUUUUAGUGAAGAUGAAGUUGACACUGAAAUGGAGAGUGAGGAUGAUGCUUGCUCUCUCAAAGAUGAAAGGGUGCUUGAAGAUCACGGACAUAGAAAACCGGGGAAGCUUAAUGAAUGCCAGACUCAAACUGAAUUGUAUUGCUCAGGGAAACCAAGACACAGGAGAGGGAAAUCAGAAACGUUGAGAGUUGAGUAUAUUAACAAGAAAGAUGUGAGAGUUACAGUAGGUACUUGGAAUGUGGCUGGAAGACUUCCAGAUGAGGAUCUAGACAUUGAUGAAUGGAUUCAUAUGCAAGAACCUGCAGAUAUCUAUAUUCUUGGCUUCCAAGAGGUGGUCCCACUGAGUGCUGGAAAUGUACUGGGAGCAGAAAAUAGAAGACAAGUUCCAAAAUGGGAAGCCAUCAUCCGAAGAACAUUAAACAGGACACAAAAACCUGAACCUAAGAUCAAGAGUUAUAGUGCUCCACCAUCUCCAGUUUUAAGGACUUCUUCUGCUGCUGACAUAAUUGUUGAUAUGGUUGAUACUCCUGCGCUGGAUAUGAUGGCAGAUGCAUCACUGGACACAACUUCGUUUCGUGAAAACAACCUAGGAAAGAGUAUACAUUUCUAUGGCACUGAGUGUGAUAGUAGAUUUGAUUGGCCUGAACGUUCACUUGAUGCAACACCUCAAGUUCUUUCUUCUAGUUUCAAGUUGAGGAGAGUCUUGAGUAGUUGCGCGACAGUUGGUUUUGGUAGCAUAGUCAACCCUCUUGCUUUUGAUGGCAGAGGGUUAAAGAGGGUGCACCAAAGCUCAGGAAACUUAGGAUUAAUGUGGAUGGAUCAACAAGAUGUACCUGUACUUGUUGAUUCUCUUUCUGAUGGCUCUCCUGACGAGGAAAAUGACUUGUUUGAAGAAUUUCCAGAGGUCAACAAAGAAGAAAGUUCACUUCUAAAUCAUGCAGUGAAGUCACGUCCAAUGUAUGUUCGUAUUGUCAGCAAGCAGAUGGUUGGUAUAUAUGUAUCAGUUUGGGUACGUAGAAGAUUGAGGAGGCACAUAAACAACUUGCAAGUCUCUUCUGUUGGUAUUGGACUAAUGGGGUACAUGGGCAAUAAGGGAUCUGUUUCUGUGAGCAUGUCUCUUUUCCAGUCAUGGCUAUGCUUUGUUUGUUCUCAUUUGUCAUCUGGUCAAAAGGAUGGAGCUGAGCAAAGGCGUAACACUGAUGUCAAUGAAAUCAUGAGGCGUACUCGUUUCUCAUCCAUAUUUGACACAGAUGCAGAUGAACCACAAACAAUUCCAUCUCAUGAUCAGAUAUUCUGGUUUGGAGAUUUAAAUUAUCGAAUCAGUAUGGUAGAUACUGAAGUACGGAAGCUUAUCGCCAAUAAGCAAUGGAAUGAACUUCUCAAUAGUGAUCAGUUAAGCAAAGAACUCCGAAAUGGACAUGUCUUUGCUGGUUGGAAGGAAGGGUUGAUUAACUUUGCUCCAACUUACAAGUAUGAAAUCAACAGUGAUAGAUACAAUGGAGAAAUUCCAAGAGAAGGGGAAAAGAAGAGAUCACCAGCAUGGUGUGAUCGUAUACUCUGGUUUGGAAAUGGUAUAAAACAGCUCCUCUACAAGCGAGCAGAACUAAGACUAUCAGAUCAUCGGCCUGUAAGUUCAAUGUUCUCAGUACAAGUGGAAAUAUUUGACCACAGAAAGCUACAGAGAGUUCUAAAUGUUAACAACGCUGCUAUACAUCCUGAGAUUCUGCUUGAAACGGGAGAGUAAGACCUGAAGCUUCUGCAAAUAACUUGCUACCAAGCUUGACAGUAGGUGCGCAAGUGCGAGGCCGAUUUUGCAGAAGACUGGCUCGCAUCUACGAGUAAGGGGAGCCUGCGACUUGUCGCAUCUGCGAUGGUAAGUUGUGCAGGUGCGGAGCUGCAUCUGGGAUGAUCGCAUCUCCAGGUCUUUUGUCGCGGAUGCAGGGGCCACAUUUGCGAAGGUGUUGUCGUACCUGCGAUAGCUUCUACAAGGCUUUUCUCGCACCUACAACAUUUGAGGGCUGGUAAGGCUAAGUGACUUCGAGUUUUAUCCUAUUUUCUUUCAUUUUUGCGAUCUAGACUUUGAGUAGAGCCAACUUUUAAAGAGUUCUUACUUCUAAGGUUAGUAAUUUUAACUUGAUUUUGAUUUAUUUCUAUAAUUUUUCCAUACAUUUUCACCCUAAAUCUAGGAUUUUUAAUAUGGAGAACUUGGGUUUUCGGUUUGAACUUAAGUGAGCUAAUUUUGAUAAUUUGGACCUCAAUUUGAGGUCGGAUAUACUAAUAUAUAUUUAGACUUAGGAGAAUGGAUCAUCUGGAUUUUGUCUUGGUUUCGGAUUUAGACCAUGUAGGCUCGGAUUAACUUUUUGUUGACUUUUGAUAUUUCAUCAAAGAUUGAACAUUUAUUAAUUGGAGAUAUUUUCU